AUGCCUUUAAAGAGAAACAAGAGAUUACAAAUGAUUUCCAUAUCGAUUAUAAGUAUCCUAGUACUUAGCGUGGGCACUGGGGCCUUUAAAAUUUUAGUUUUAUAUCCAACACCGUCCUUUAGCCAUCAGCGAUCAAUUAUGGCUUUGACGGAGAGAUUAGUGAAUGAUGGUCAUGAACUGUUCGUCGUCAGUCCUAACGUAGUUCAGGGUUUGAAGCAGCACGGGAAUUAUACUCACAUCGACGUUUCUUUUGCGUACGAGUACGUAAAGGAUGCUAACAAAGAUGGCGAUAUCACGCCGCAUCUCAAAGCUACGAAAUGGGACAUUCCUAAAAUGUGGGUUUUUUACGCAAAAUUCACCGGAGAAGAAUUCAAAAGCGAAAUUUUCCUUCGAUUUAAACGGCGUGUGGAGAUGGAGAAACUCAAAUUCGACGUUGUGAUCGCGGAGACAUUUCUAAUGCCUUUCACAUGCGGGCUAUCCCGCCUCCUGGCCGGUUCCGCGCCCAUCAUCUCGAUGACCACGCUCCCUGUGGACUUCUCCGAGGACCCGUUGGGCAGUAUCACGCAUUUAUCUUUCGUCCCUUUCAUAUUCAGCGACUACACCGAUAAAAUGACCCUGUGGCAACGCUUGGAGAAUUGGAUCUCACAGCUUUACAUAAUGCGGGCGUGCAGGAGCACCAUGGAGGCGGCGGCGAGGAGAUUUUUCAGGGAGACGUUCGGGCCUGGAAAAGAGAGCUUGGUCGAUGGGUGCUGGAGUAACGUUAGUCUUUCGAUCAUCACCUCGAAUUCGCUCUAUUACUAUCCGAGACUCUUGGGUCCGAAUAUUCUUGAGGCUGGACCCCUGCAUCUGAAACCCCCCGAAAAAUUGCCGCAGAAUUUACAAGAUUGGCUCGACGGCGCUCAGAAAGGCGUGAUUUUCUUCAGCCUGGGGAGUAACAUGAAGAGUUCAAAUUUGCCGAAGGAAGCGAAGGAGAAUUUUUUAAAUGUUUUCAGUCAGCUACCAGCUGGCUACAGGGUGUUAUGGAAAUGGGAACUUGACGGGAAAAUCCCUGGACAGACGGAGAAUAUUCUGACUCAAAAAUGGGUGCCACAGGACAGCGUUCUAGCGCACCCAAAAGUAAAACUGUUCAUCACUCAAGGUGGACAUCAGAGUUUCCAAGAGACGGUGCACUACGGGGUGCCAACAGUGGGCAUACCGUGGUACGGAGAUCAAGAAUGCAUCGUUUCCAAAAUGGUUGACACUGGAACUGGUGUGCGACUUCCACCAUACGACCUGUUCUCUUAUGAAAAAGUAAAGGCAGCCAUCGAAGCUGUGUUGUUUGAUGACAGUUUUUCAAAGAACAUGAAAAGGCUUUCUGCCAUAUCGAAGGAUUUCUCAUCUCAGGCCAUGGAUAAAGCAGUCUUUUGGGUGGAGCAUGUAGCCCGGGUUGGAGGGGCGUCUCACUUGAGGCCAGCAACCGCCGAUGCGACAUUCUUUCAGUAUUUUUGCUUAGACAUUAUUUCCGUGAUCUUAGCUUCAAGUAUUUUAGUCUUGUUUGUGUUUCAUAAACUUUGCCGAAUUUUAAUUUCACUAACCGCUCGGAGUGAACCGGUGUCGAAGCUUAAAAAAAUUAAUUAAUUAUUUUACGAAGAGUUCCUAUUCGAAUUAUGCAAAUAAAUCCUAAAAAUUCACAUGCAACUGCA